AUGAUAAAAUCGAUUACUAAAAUAAUAAAUUAUAAUAAUUUUAAUAAUAAUAAAAAUAUAAUAAGAUGCUAUAGUAUUAUGAAAAAAAGAUAUGGAUUUGAAGACCCAAUUCAGCAUCAAUUAGAAUUAAUCAACCAAAAGGAAGAGGAGCUUAGACAAGAGAGAUCACAUACACCAAAAUAUAAGCGUGUUGUAAAAACACAUUCUAUUACUCCACCAAACCUUUACAACACAGAAUCAUUUCGAGUACCACCACCAAGAAAGAAUGCAAAGAAAUUAAAUAUCGCAGUUAUUGGUGCACCCAAUGCUGGUAAAUCAACUUUGGUAAAUGCAAUUGUGGGUGAAAAGGUAUGUGCUGUAUCACACAUUGAACACACUACCAGAGAUGCAAUAUUGGGUGUAUACACUGAAGGAGAUACACAACUAUUAUUCAACGAUACACCAGGUAUGAUCAAAAAUUUCAAUAAGAAUACAAAUGUACGUGAAUUUGUAAAUUUAGCAUGGACUACAGUUAAAGAAUCAGAUUUGGUUUUAAUGGUGGUCGAUGCAACCAAUAACAACCAACCCGAUACUAAAUACAUUAUCAACCACUUGGAAGAUCAAAUGAUCGAAUUAUUAAAAAAAGCAAAAUUAGAAGAUAUAGAAAAUGGCGAAAUUGAAGACGAAAAGGAUUUUAUAUUGGUUAUCAACAAGGUCGACUUGGUCAGAAAGAAGGAGGAUUUGGUCGAACUUAUCUCUGAGCUCAAUGAAGGCAAUAUAUUCAGUGAUACAUUUGUAGUUUCGGCGACAAACAAUGUUAAAUUAGACUCUUUAAAAGAAUAUUUGGUUGGAAAAGCAAAACUUGGUCAAUGGAUCUUUGAAGAAGAGGUAAAAACUGAUCAAACUGAUAUUUUUAGAGCAAGCGAAAUUAUUAAAGAAAAACUCUAUUCAAAACUAAAAGAUGAAAUUCCAUAUAAAGUUAUUCAAAGUACCAGAGGUUGGACACCAACAAAAGAUGGUGCUUUAAGAAUUGAUCAAGAUUUUAUUGUUACAAAAGCAUCUCACAAGUCAUUGAUUUUGGGUAAAGAUGGAUCAGUAAUCAAAUCAAUUUAUUUAGAAGCUAAAAAAGAUUUAGAAAAAGUAUUUAACAAAAGGGUUCAUUUAUUUUUAACAGUUAAAGAAAAACAAUCAACCGAACAUUACGAAUUAGUGGAUUAG